ACAGCAGUGCAGCCGGGGCUUUCGUCGCUGGGGCAAAGCUUGCUUGCCGAUUGCGGUUCCAUCGUCGCUGCCCAGGAGAAUAGGCUGAAGCUCUUCAACCUCUUUCAUUCAUAGUGCUUAACGUUUGCUACACACAAUCUUAAAGUCACAGAGGCUAACAAAAUGGCCUCUAUGCUUAUGUCCCGUGUGGCCGCUGCCCCCGUCAAGGCGGUGGCUUGCAUGCGUAGCGCUAUGACCACCCGUGCUAUCGCUCCUAUUACGGCGCGCCCGGCGACCAGCUCCUUCAUGGGCGGCUCUUUCGCUGGCAGCAGCAUGACGCGCGUGGCUCCCGCUCGCGGUGGCCUGGUCGUGAUGGCCAACGCCAAGAAGUCGAUUGCUUGCACGAAGGAGGGCACCAACAGGAAGCGCCGGCGGACCUCGGGCUUCAAGGCCCGCAUGGCCACCAAGAACGGCCGCAAAGUGAUCAAGGCCCGCCGUGCUAAGGGCCGCCACAGCCUGUGCCCUGCCUCGGAGGGCAAGUCCGGCGGCAAGAAGUAAACAUCUGGCGAUAGCGGCGUGCUCGUCACAAUGUUUAGAGUUGGCAGAGGAGGCGGGAGCUUGGGAGACAGGCGUGGCAGGGGAGCUGUGGGCGCUCCAAGCGGCGGCAGCGCGGCCGCACGGCGGCAGCAUCAGUAGCAGCAGCGCGGAGCGUGGAGGGCACUCCCGGCAGCGGCAAUUUUGUCUAUAGCUACUGCCGGAUUUUGCCGUCCUCGAUUACGCACGCGCGCGGGCUUGGGGCUGCGCGUGCAGCUGGCGGGUGGCUGCGCCGCAUGGUGGUUGGAGCAACGCGUUAUGCGCGAGGAGGGCUAGCGUAGGUUGCGUAUCUAUUUAAGCGCGCACCAUGGACUUAAUGCGCCGUGUGCUGUAAUGCGACAGGAGCGGGUGGAUGGGUAUCGCAGGGUCAUGUUUGGUUAUGUGCAACGGGUGCUGCCGGUCACUGCACCCGCGGAGCUGAUGGCGGGCGCUAGAGCCGGCAAGCAGCUGGAACAAGAAUUGUGUGUGGCAUUUGUGGUGUCGAUUGGACCGAGGCUUGUAACUGAGCCAAAACAGUACAAGGCUGCUGAUGCUGUCAGCUGAGGACCCCGAGCUGCCAGCGUGCGUACAGAAUCAUACUCCAAUGCGCGAGCGCGACACACCAUGCCUAAGGUUGACAGCCUUCGCCAGGGGAGGUCCUGCCCUGGCCUUUGCUGGACUACAAUGCCUAUAUGUCACCAAUCCGCGUUGGAUGCUUGUGGCGCACGUGCCAUUGCUUGCGCGCUGGUGAAUCAUCUGAAGCAGCCUAACGGAGGGCAACUCCUCUUGCUCGAUAACAUUGCGUGUCUGGGAGUUGCCAGGAAUGUCAGCUCGGAUGGAGAGGGGGCUCCCCAGUCCAAAAGUAACCGGCCUUUAAUCGAAGGGAACCGUGGAGAACAAGAGGAUUCGGGGU